AUGGUCCGUCGAGCAACCACAAAAACUUCAACCACAUCGACCAAAGCGUCUACCUCUUCAGUCAAGGCUUCAUCUACCUCUUCUGUCAAGGCUUCUUCAACAUCAUCAGCAUCAUCAAAAACCUCUUCUGCCACUGUGAUCUCUGUCUCAAGCAGUACCCCUGCUUCCUCAGUCAGCAGUGCAUCGUCGUCAACUUCGUUGGUGGCUGAUGCCGCGUGCACCAAUGGACCAAACUCUCGUCAAUGCUGGAGUGGCGGAUACAGCAUCAAGACAGACUUUGAUCUGAAGCACCCUACUACAGGAAACACUGUUACCUACAACCUUGAGAUCACUAACACAACAUGCAACUUCGAUGGCAAUGGCGACAUGCAGUGUUACCUCAUCAACAAUCAAUUCCCUGGUCCCACCAUCACCGCUAACUGGGGUGACCAAAUCGUCGUCAAUGUCAAGAACUCUCUUCAGAACAACGGCACUGGUAUUCAUUGGCACGGUAUCAGACAGCUCAACAGCAUGGGAUCUGAUGGCGUCGGCGGUCUUACUGAGUGCCCUAUUCCUCCAGGCGCCAGCAGAACAUACUCGUUCCAGGCAACUCAAUUCGGUACUUCCUGGUACCACAGUCAUCACUCAUCGCAGUAUGGUAUGGGAAUCACUGGUCAGAUUGUGAUCAACGGUCCUGCAAGUUCCAACUACGACAUUGACCUUGGCCCUCUCCCAAUCAACGAUCUCUACUAUGGCCUUGCAAACAACGUGAACGAGGUUACACUGCACAACCUUCAACAGAACCUGCCUCCCCCAGAUGGUUCCAACAUUCUCGUCAAUGGUAAGGGUAAGAGCGCCAACGGUGGCUCUUACUCCCAGAUGACCCUGACCCCGGGAAAGAAACACCGACUGCGAUUGAUCAACACUUCUGUUGAUAACGCUAUCCGUGUUAAGCUUGAUGGCCAUAACUUCACUGUCAUGUCCGCUGAUUUCAUCCCCAUUAAGCCUAUCACCGGUCAGAACUGGCUUCUACUCGCUGUCGGUCAGCGAUACGAUGUCGUCUUCACAGCCAGCCAGGGUUCCGGAAACUACUUCUUCCGCGCCGAAGUCGCCACUGACUGCUUCAGUGGAAACACCGGAAAGGGACGUGCCCUCUUCACCUACUCAGGAACGACCGCCGCCGAGCCCACCGACAGCAACGAGGCUGCCCCCACCAAUGGCUGCACUGAGCUCAACACUGUUCCUUACUGGACUCAAGCUGUUGACCAGAGCCAAUAUGCCUCUCAAGUUCAGACCCUCAACACUGGUGUUGCACCCGGUCUCACUACCAACGGGCAGAACUUUGCGCUCUGGAACCUGGACACCCGCGCCAUGAUGGUCAACUGGGACAAACCUACCGCUGAAUAUGUAUUCGAGGGUAACACCAGCUAUCCCGAUCCCUACGCCGUCCUCGAGAUCCCCACAGAGGGUACAUGGACCUACUGGCUGAUCCAAAUGGGCCAGCAAAACCCACCUCUUCCUCAUCCCAUCCAUCUUCACGGUCACGACUUCUUCGUCCUGGGCUCCGGCGCUGGCGUAUUCGAUGCCUCAACCGCUGUUCUCAACUUCGCCAACCCACCCCGCCGUGAUACCUCCAUCCUUCCCGGUCUUGGUUGGCUUCUAAUCUCCUUCCCUGCCAAUAAUCCCGGUAUUUGGCUCAUGCAUUGCCACAUUGCAUGGCAUAUCUCUGAGGGUCUUGGUGUUCAAUUCAUUGAAGCCAAAAACUCUAUUGUCAUGCCCGACAAGACCGCCUUCAACUCACAGUGUGAUGCGUGGAGGUCUUACUCCAAGAACAUGCUUUAUCCUCAGAUCGACAGUGGUCUCUAG